AUGCCGAACUCUAAAGAUAAGCUGGUGGGCAAGAAGGUCGUCGUAGUGGGAGGGACAUCAGGUAUCGGCAAUGGCGCAGCACUCGCCUUGCUCGAACACGGCGCGCACGUCACCAUUGUCUCAUCCUCGCAGGAGAAGAUGGACGAUGUGCUCAAGAAGAUCGAUCAUCCGAAUGUAUCCGGGAAGGUAGCAGACGUGCGGAACGAGGAGAACUACACGGAGACGAUCAAGAGUCUGGCUCCUGUGGACCAUCUGAUCUACUCUUCCGUGGACAAGAUCAUCCGCGGAGCCAUCGCUGUCGCGGAUCUGGAAGAGGCGAAGUAUUACUUUGGCGUGAAGUUCUGGGGCGCUGCGAUGACUGGGAAGAUCGUCUCAAUGUACGACAUCAUCACCCCCGGCGGCUCUUUGACCCUCACCUCCGGCACGGGAGCUAUGAAACCCGGCACCACCGCUUCGAUUGGAGGGUCUCUCAAUGCUGGACUCUUCACCAUGACGCAGGGACUAGCGAACGAGCUGACGCCGAAGAAGAUUAGGGUCAACUGUAUCGUUCCAGGAGUGGUCAAGACGGAGCUGUGGGACAAGAUGGGGCAGUCGAAGGAGCAGCAGGACGAGACGUUUGAGAAGAGCGCGGGAAAGCUGCCCGUUGGGUUUGUUGCUACGCCUGAGGAUAUUGCGGAGGCGUAUCUGUACUGUUUGCGGGCGGACUAUGCGAAUGGGAGCUUGAUUACUAUCGAUGGAGGUGGUGUGCUUUAG